UCAACAAUUACGGAAUUGAUAGAUAUAUAGAUAUGGUACAUUUCAAAAUUUCCAGCCGACAUCUGAUGUCAACUCAAGGAGAAGAAAGUAUAACCGGGUCCUCAAAGGGGGGGACAAAUCGGUACAUGGCUUCAUGCACACCACAUUUUGGUCAGCAAAACUUUUGUUGAGGGAGAAAAUGAGAACCAGAAAAGUAUCAGCCAUCAGGCUGAGUUGGGGCCCAAAAGUGGCCACAUUAGCACUGAAGAGUAGCUGCAAUAAGUGAAGAUCCCAAAUAAUGAAGAUAAUGACGCAAGUAUAUGAUCUGAAAUCGGAAUAAUUAUCUAAAGUAAUGUAGCAUAUAACGACUCAACAAUCACAUAAUCAAUGGGUGGGUGGGUACAAAAGCAGCCAUUUGUUUGCGCCAAAGGGUUGGACUUUUUCUUAGGUUAUUAUACCAGGCUGGCUCAAUCCAAACAUGAAGAUCUCACUGUGUGAACGAGCUAGGAAGCUGCUACCUGCUGCCGAAAAUUGGUGUGGAUGUGUGCCCACAGCAGUCGUGCAGUACUUGGCCCAAUUUUCUUUUCCUAAGGCUGUGCAGCAGAUAAACAGGCAGAAUCAAGCUGGGGCUGCUUAUUGUCUCCUUCCUCUUCCUCCUCCUCACGCUCUCUCCUCAUUGGGCCAUUGUCUAUCUGGUCAGCAUCAGGUUCAAGCAUCUGUUUUCAUGCUGGUUUCUUUCAUCAGGAAGCCAUGCAGGAGAAGCUCCAUUCCUCGUACAAGAAGUUCAGCACUGGAUUUCCCGUUCCUUACUUAGGCCUUGGACUUGCGCUUCUCCUUGUCGCCUUUCUCCCACAAGCAAGCUCCUGCUCUGAGCAGGAGAGGAGCUCCCUCCUCCAGUUCCUCGUUGGGCUCUCGCAGGAUGGCGGCCUUGGUUUGUCAUGGAAGAACGGCACAGAUUGCUGCACAUGGGAAGGGGUUGCCUGUGGCACAGAUGGGACAGUCACUAAAGUCUCCGUGACAUCGAAGUCCCUUGAAGGGCAAAUCUCGGCGUCUCUGGGCAUGCUCAGGGGCCUGCUGCGCCUCAACCUAUCCCAUAACUUGCUGUCCGGUGGCCUGCCGUUGGAACUAAUGUCGUCCAACAGCAUCAUUGUCCUCGAUGUCAGCUUCAACCGCCUCGAUGGAGAAGUGCAUGAACUGCCACCGUCAACCCCUAGCCGGCCUCUGCAGGUAUUGAACAUCUCAACCAACUUGUUUACACGGCAGUUUCCAUCAACUACAUGGGAGGUGAUGAACAGUCUGGUUGUACUCAAUGCCAGCAACAACAGCUUUACUGGGCGGAUACCAAACCAUCUCUGCAGCAGCUCGCCAGCCUUGGCUGUGAUUGCACUCUGUUAUAACCAACUCAGUGGACGCAUUCCUCCUGGGCUUGGUAAUUGCCCCAUGCUCAAAGUGCUCAAGGCUGGACACAAUGACCUCAGUGGGCCACUCCCAGAUGAACUCUUCAAUGCUACAUCACUAGAGUACCUCUCUUUUCCCAACAAUGGUUUGGAGGGAAUACUUGAUAGUGAACACAUUAUCAACCUCAGAAAUCUAGUUCAUCUUGAUCUUGGAGGCAAUAGGCUAAAUGGAAAGAUCCCAGACUCAAUAGGCGAGCUCAAGAGAAUAGAGGACCUCCAUUUGAACCACAACAGCAUGUCUGGGGAGCUGCCAUCAACUCUGGGCAACUGCACAAAUCUCAUAACUAUUGACUUCAAGGGCAACAACUUCAGCGGAGAACUUCAUAAAGUCAACUUCUUCAACCUGCCCAACCUAAAAACAUUAGAUCUCCUGUACAACAACUUCAUCGGCACAAUUCCAGAAAGCAUAUACUCAUGCAGCAAACUGGUUGCUUUGCGGCUAUCUGGAAAUAGAUUACAUGGGCAGCUUUCACCAAGAAUAAGCAAUUUUAAGCAUCUUGUUUUCCUGUCACUUGCUGACAACAAUUUUACAAAUAUCACAAAUACGCUUCAGAUCCUAAAGAAUUGUAGGAAUCUCACCUCCCUACUUAUCGGGACCAACUUCAAAGGUGAGGCCAUGCCAGAAGAUGAAAUAAUUGAUGGUUUUCCGAAUCUUCAGAUUCUCUCCCUAUCUAAUUGCUCAUUGUCUGGAAAAAUACCUCUUUGGCUAUCAAAGCUAGAAAAUCUCACAAUUUCUUGCACCGAGCAUGAGAGCACCUCACUACUCCGAUUCCUUGGCGGGCUCUCACAGGGUGGAAAUCUCACCUUGACAUGGAAGAAUGGCACAGACUGCUGCACAUGGGAAGGGAUCACCUGCAGUCCAGAUAGGAUGGUCACCGAUGUCUUCUUGGCUUCGAGGAACCUUCAGGGAUUAAUAUCAUCAUCCCUUGGCAAUCUCACUGGCCUGUUGCACCUCAAUCUAUCCUACAAUUUGCUGUCUGGCGGCCUGCCGCUGGAAUUGGUGUUGUCCAGCAGCAUCACUGUCCUUGACGUCAGCUUCAACCAACUCAGUGGAGACCUCAAAGAGAUGUCAUCUGCAACCCCUGUAAGGCCUCUCAAGGUACUGAAUAUCUCGAGUAACUUGUUUUCAGGGCAUUUUCCGUCCACCACAUGGGAGGUGACAAAGAGUCUUGUUGUGCUCAAUAUCAGCAAUAACAGCUUUAUCGGGAAGAUACCAACUACCUUCUGUUUCAGCGCGCCAUCGUUUGCUGUGCUUGAACUCAGCUACAACCAGUUCAAUGGCAGUGUCCCUUCAGAACUCGGUAGUUGUUCCAUGAUGACAUCUCUCAGUGCUGGGCACAACAACUUGAGCGGGACUCUUCCAGAUGUGCUCCUCAACGCUACCUUAUUGGAGCACCUCUCUUUUCCGAAUAAUCAGUUGAAAGGAUCACUACUAAGCAGCAUCAGCAAGCUCAGAAAUCUGGUCACCCUUGACCUUGGAGGGAAUGAGUUCAGCGGCAAUAUCCCAGAUUCUAUAGGCGAGCUCAAGAGAUUAGAGGAGAUUCAUUUGGACUAUAAUAACAUCUCUGGAGAGCUUCCAUCAACUUUGAGCAGCUGCACAAGCCUUGUAACCAUAGACCUCAAGAACAACAAGUUCAAUGGAGCACUCACUAGAGUAAACUUCUCCACACUGACCAAUCUAAAAACUUUAGAUCUUGUGUGGAAUAACUUUACUGGAACAAUUCCAGAGAGCAUAUAUUCAUGUAGCAAUCUAACUGCACUGCGGCUGUCCUGCAAUGGGCUCCAUGGGCGGUUGUCAGAAAGCAUUGACAAUCUGAAGUCCCUCUCAUUUCUAUCACUUGUUAACAUCUCCCUUACAAAUAUCACAAGUGCGCUUCAGAUCCUUAGGAAUUGCAGGAACCUCACAACCUUGCUGAUUGGGCACAACUUCUUACACGAGGCCAUGCCACAGGAUGAUACAAUUGAUGGUUUUGAGAAUCUUCAGGUUUUUUCCAUCAAUGAUUGUUCUUUGUCUGGAAAAAUACCUCCUUGGUUAUCAAAGCUCACUAAUUUGGAGAUGUUAUUUUUAUAUAACAAUCAGCUAACUGGGCCAAUACCUGACUGGAUCAGCAACUUAAACUCACUCUUCUAUAUAGACAUAUCAAACAACAGCUUUACCGGGGAAAUUCCAAUGGCCUUAAUGGAGAUGCCAAUGCUAAAAACAAACAAUAUUCCACCAAAGGUCUUUGAGAUCCCUGUUUAUACAACUCCAUCACUUCAAUACCGCAUGCCCGGUGCUUUUCCAAAGGUGCUGAAUCUAAGCAUCAACAACUUAACUGGUAUGAUCCCCAAAGAGAUUGGCCGAUUGAAAGCGCUUCUUUCACUUAGUUUGAGCACCAACAAGUUAUCUGGAGAGAUUCCGGAAGCGAUCUGCAACCUCACAAACCUGCAGGUGCUCGACUUGUCAAGCAAUAAUCUCACUGGUAAAAUUCCAGCUGCACUGAAUGAUCUGCACUUCCUUUCUAAGUUCAAUGUAUCCAAUAAUGACCUAGAAGGAUCUGUUCCAACUGUAGGCCAGCUUAGCACGUUUCCACACUCUAGCUUUGAUGGCAACCCAAAAUUGUGUGGUCCCAUGCUUGUAAAUCAUUGUGAUUCAGCUGAAGCACCAUUGACCUCCAAGAAACGACGCAAUAAGACAGCCAUCUUUGCACCUGCAUUUGGUGUAUUUUUUGGAGGGGUUGCCAUCCUAUUCUUGCUUGCUCGCCUCAUUUUCUUCUUCAGGAGUAAACGUUUCAUGACAAGGAGCAGGGGCAAUAACAAGGAUGUUACAGAAGGAAUGCCAUCCAACUUCAAUUCAGAGCAAUCCUUGGUGAUGGUUUCACGAAGCAAGGGAGAAAAUGGUAGGCUCACAUUCACUGAUCUUGUGAAGGCUACAAAUAACUUUGACAAGGAGAAUAUCAUAGGUUGUGGAGGUUAUGGGCUAGUCUACAAGGCUGAAUUACCCCAUGGCUCCAAGGUCGCCAUCAAGAAGCUCAGCAGUGAAAUGUGCCUUGUGGAUAGGGAAUUCAGUGCAGAAGUUGAUGCACUCUCAAUGGCACAGCAUGACAAUCUUGUGCCACUCUGGGGUUACUGCAUCCAGGGAAACUCAAGGUUCCUCAUAUAUUCCUACAUGGAGAAUGGAAGCCUAGAUGACUGGCUUCACAACAGGGAUGAUGAUACCAGCUUGUUUCUUGAUUGGCCAAUGAGGCUGAAGAUUGCAAAAGGAGCAAGCCAGGGUCUGUCCUACAUCCAUGAUGUCUGCAAGCCUCACAUUGUUCAUCGUGACAUCAAGUCCAGCAAUAUCUUACUGGACAAAGAAUUCAAAGCUUAUGUUGCAGAUUUCGGGCUCUCCAGAUUGGUCCUUCCCAACAAAACUCAUGUCACGACUGAGUUGGUUGGCACUCUUGGUUACAUCCCACCUGAGUAUGGGCAAGGAUGGGUGGCUACUCUGAGAGGUGAUAUCUACAGUUUUGGCGUAGUCCUGCUUGAACUGCUCACAGGCCAGCGGCCUGUUCCAAUCUCAUUUGUGUCAAAAGAACUCGUUCAGUGGGUAUUGGAAAUGAGAUCUGAAGGAAAGCAGAUUGAAGUUCUGGAUUCAGCACUCCGGGGCACAGGGUAUGAGGAGCAAAUGCUGAAGAUGCUUGAAGUUGCUUGCCAGUGUGUCAACCAUAAUCCUUCCAUGAGGCCAACAAUACAGGAAGUAGUUUCUUGCUUGGACAGCAUAGACGACAACCUGACGAUACAAAAUUCAGUCCACAUAGAAUAAAGUACAUCAUAAACUUACUUCAGAACAGAGUAGAUGCACGAUUUUCACAAGAACUAUUUCUGUUACUGAUAACAUUACUUCUUUUUGAAUAGCUUAACCGACCACCAUAUUUUUGUAAUUCCUCUCCCUUGCCCCCUUUACUGAACUAUUGCCCAUGGUGAUUCUUGAGAAACAAGCUACAAUUUUACAAUCCAUCUCCAUUUUUUCCUAUAUGUGGGCUAAUGUGCAUGAUUAAUAAAGAGAAACAAAAAGAUUAUGGGCAACUGCUCGGUCUUAUUCAACUUUUUCUCGACUUCCA